UUCAAAUACCAGGACUUGUCCAACAGAGAACAUAUAUCUGACCCACCAGGCCACAGAGGUAACAAAGCUCCACCAUGAAGUUUUCUCUCGCUCUGGGUUUUGCCUUCAUCCUCCCACUCAUCAGGGCUCAGGUGCCCCAUUGGGGACCUUGUCUAGAUCCGGCUGUUCAGACGGCCUUCAACCUCAAACAGUUCAUGGGGAGAUGGUUUGAAAUUGCCAAACUGCCGGCCCAGUUUGAGAAGGGUCGGUGCAUCGAAACCAAUUUCACUUUGAAAACAGACAACUCCAUUCGAGUGGUCAGCUCUGAAAUACUAAAAGCAGAGCUGAGGAAAAUUGAAGGGACUGGAGUCGUAGAGGAUAUCAAGAAUCCGGCUAAACUGGGAAUAAGUUAUUCCUACGUCCUGCCCUACUCCCCUUACUGGAUCCUGUCCACUGACUAUGUGAACGUCGCCCUGGUGUACUCCUGCACCGACAUCCUGAGGCUCUUCCACGUCGACUUCGCCUGGAUCCUGGGCCGAACACGAAGCAUGCCAGAGGCCACCGUCCAGAAAGCCAUGGACACCUUCGCCAAGAACAACAUCGACGUGAGCAGGAUGAUUCCCAGCAAGCAGCAGGGAUGUGACAAAACCCUCUGAGCAGCGAUGGAAAUGAAGCACAAGAUGGCGCUGUGGUUGACAAGAAAGAAGCAAAAUUAUCAUCUCUUCCAGAAAAAUACUUGACUCAUAUUUGGAUAAUUAUGGUGAGGGAUGUAGUAUAGGGUAGAAUAAACUCAGUGACGAUAAUAAAACCAUUUACUGCAUGCUUAUAGUAAGUAUUUUUGUUAUGAGGGGUUUGUAAGUACAAAAGCAUUGUGUUUUGCAACACCUUUUUUUUUAAACUCAAGAUCCCUGGUUGUAGUAUUUCAACCAGGGAGAGUCACAUUUAAGCUUUUCCUAAUGAAUAAUGUCUGCUGUUUAUUUUCAUGAAAAUAGAAAAAUCAUAUUUAAAUGAAAUGAGUAAAUCUGAUGUUUAUGCCACAAACUCGGAGCAUGAAGUAUCCAAUUAAAGUCAA